UGCAAAACAUGAAAUGAAUAAAUUAUAAAAAUUAAAAACUCAGCAAAAUGCAUCCAAUGGAUUCGAAGAUAUCACGUGAAUUGCCUAAGAUAAUAAAUUAAGGAGUGUAAAAGAAAUAAGAGUGGAAUAAACAAGAAAUCGUUUAGAAAAGAAAAUAAAUUUUGGUCGAAAAUGGGUUUGUUGCUCAGUAAAGAGUUUAGGGCUAAAAGGAAAGUGGAUGAAGCUACUAGCAAUACCAGUUUGUCCAAUGUACGUUACGUGGUAACAGAAAAACCAAAAUGGAAAGUUUUCAAAAAGAAAGAAGUAGUGCCUAUCCCCCAAUACUUGCCACCUAAGGGAUGUGCAUGCGGCAAUGAAGGAAUCUGUAAGAAGAAGAUCACACCAGCGGGAGUUACUAUACAUUACCCACAAAAAAAGAGAAAAUUCACCGCCUUUGGUGGGAAGCGGCGAUACAAGCCACCAAAAAUAAAGAGGAGCAAGUUCAGCAAAUCUCGGUGGAAAUCCAUUCCCACGGUUUCACCAUUCCAAACGAGAGUUACAAGUCUUCACCGCGUCCGAUCGUCUUUGAGUGGUGAUAAACUCGUAAAUGCGUUGAAGACCAUAAAGACUUUGAAACCGACGAAGUCUGGGAUAAGUGUUAAACUAAACAAUGUCAUCUUGAAUAUUAGAUCUUUAAGCCGGUUCAGAAGACAUUAUAAACUAAAACGAGUGAGCAAUAAAUUUAUGUUAAUGCCUAUCAAUAUACAGGGUGACCAAUGAGGUGAGCACAUAGGCAGUUGUUUAACUGGGCAUCAGUUCUGAAAACUGAUUGUCA